GAACGUCGGAGCUGGCCAGCAGCUCGUCAAAGGACACAUACGUCGCGUCGCCUUCCAGCUCGGGUGGAAGACGGGAGCGGUUGUGGUACUGGAUCUUCAUGCCGAACGCUCUGGCCCGACGAGCCAUUUCCUGUGUCUGUCAGCGUUGCCCGUCCCUCAUCUCGGUCCCAAUGCGUCUUACUCUUCCAAUCCCUCCCAUUCCGAGAAUUCCCAGAGUCUUUCCGUUGGGGUCGUGGCCCAGCUUCGUCUCUCCCUGCCAUUGACCUGCAUAUGCGUAGUCUCAGAUUAGACACCAUCUGA